AAACACCUCUUGAUUUAAACCAUCAUUGGUAUCACAUUGAUAGGGUUUGGCAUAUUUAUUUUACGUUCCAAAUAUAUCUCUUAAACGUAUAACAUUUCUUAAUUGAACAUGUCUCAGCAUAGUUGUAGUGGGCAAACUGCUUUAUUAAUCCCCAAUAGGAAAUUGCGGUUUUGCAUCCGGCAAGAAGAGGAAUAGGAAAUCAAAAUAAUAAACACUAGAUUCGCCAACAAUAACGUAACUAAUCAUUGCAUUGAAAUCACACUUUCCAAACGAGUUAGCCUACCAAGGCCCAAUGCAUAGUUGUAGGGGCAUGUGAUGGCUGUGCAAACACUCCGAACAAUGAGGUCUUUCAUGGACAGCAGCACGUCGGCUCGAGACUGUGUAGCAUUACGAGGCUUGUCUCAAGCGCAUAGCUGCCGUGGAGCUACCCUCACUAGUCCCUCUGGACUCGGUCUGCUCUGAGUCACCAAACUGAGGACAGACAACACCAACGGGCCUUUUCGAGCAGGCUGAGGGAGUGAGGAGGCUACUGUUUCCCCCAGACGCCCUCAGAGGGAUUCACAGCAGUCCAGAUGGUGUGGGUGUUCAUCAUGAACCGGAUGGGCUCUCAGGGCAGUUCCGUGGCCCAGAGGAGGCGCAUGGCUCUGGGGGUGGUGAUCCUGCUGCUGGUGGACAUCAUCUGGGUGGCCUCCUCAGAGCUCACCUCCUACAUAUUCAAGAGGCAGGAGUACAACAAGCCGUUCUUCAGCACCUUCACCAAGACCUCCAUGUUUGUCCUGUACCUGCUGGGCUUCCUGCUGUGGCGGCCCUGGAGGCAGCAGUGCACCGGGACACUGCGAGGACCACACGCUGCCUUCUUUGCUGAUGCUGAGGCGUACUUUGCCCCCUGCACCACUGACCCCAGUCUGAACAACUCUUUAAGUGAACCUCUGUAUGUUCCAGUGAAGUUUCCGGAUGUUCCUACGGAGCACAGCAGCUGUGGCGUCAGAGGCUGUGACUCCACCUCCAGGAAGCAGCGUGUGCGCUUCAGCAACAUCAUGGAGGUUCGUCAGCUGCCGUCCACCCAGGCUCUAGAGGCCAAGCUGUCCCGCAUGUCCUACCCUGCCACCAGGGACCAUCAGUCCAUGCUCCGCUCCGUGGCCAAGCUCACCGUCUCAGACGUGGCCAAGAUCAGCUUCUUCUUCUGCUUCGUGUGGUUCCUAGCUAACCUGUCCUACCAAGAGGCCCUGUCAGACACCCAGGUUGCCAUAGUGAACAUUUUAUCCUCUACUUCAGGUCUGUUCACCCUCAUCCUGGCUGCCAUCUUCCCCAGCAACAGCAGCGAUCGCUUCACCCUGUCCAAACUGCUGGCGGUGGCUCUGAGUAUGGGAGGAGUUGCGAUGGUCAGCUUUUCCAGCAUGGACAGCCCAGACGGCAAUGGAGUGAUAGGUUCUCUGUGGUCGCUGGCGGGGGCGGUGCUGUAUGCUGUCUACAUCGUCAUGAUCAAGAGGAAGGUGGACCGCGAGGACAAACUGGACAUCCCCAUGUUCUUUGGCUUUGUGGGCCUGUUCAACCUGCUGCUGCUGUGGCCUGGCUUCCUCCUGCUCCACUACACCGGCUUUGAGGCGUUUGAGCUGCCCAGCCAGCUGGUGUGGACCUACAUCCUCAUCAACGGUCUGGUCGGCACCGUGCUGUCCGAGUUCCUCUGGCUCUGGGGGUGUUUCCUCACCUCGUCUCUAAUUGGCACCCUGGCGCUCACCCUCACCAUCCCCCUCUCCAUCAUCGCAGACAUCUGCAUGCAGAAGGUGCGUUUCUCCUGGCUGUUCCUGGCAGGAGCCAUCCCUGUCUUCCUGGCGUUCUUCAUCGCCACCCUGCUCUGCCACUACAACAACUGGGACCCGGUGAUGGUUGGCCUCAGGAGGGUGUUUGCCUUCAUCUGCAGGAAACACCGCAUCCAGAGGCUGCCUGAAGACAGCGAGCAAUGUGAAAGCCUUAUUGCUCUCCACGACGUCUCAUCCGACGCCGACGCUUACCACACGUGACUCACACCUGUGAAAAGGUGGGGAAACCUGAACACCAGACGUCAUGAUGCGGCAAUCUUGGAGCAAUCAAACAAAGACCUUUGACUACCCCAGUGCCUCUUAACUCGACCUAUUUAUUCUCUGCAAUGUGGAGAUGACUACUCCAUCUCUACAAGAUGACUCUUAUUUUGUACAGCGUUGACUUUGUUCACCGUCGACUACGAUAACGUGCGUUUCCUUUCCCACUCCGGAUGUUGACGUGAAGAGAACAGCUCUCCUGGCCUGAGGCAUCUGGACUGUUUCAGUGGUUACGGCCGGUCAUGACCACUUGGAACGGUACAUGUUUGUGCAACCGGAUUAGACUUCAGUAACACUAGACGGGCUUGAAAGGUUUGUUUUCAAUCCUGAUGGAGAUUUUAAAACAAUGAGUGGACUCUGCUGUGAUGAGAGAAUUCUUUGAUUUGGUUGGGCUCGACAGGCAUUUCCAAUCAUUGUGUUUCAAAGCCUUGUAGCUUGAUCCUGUUGGCUCGUUUAAGGAAAUCACAUUUUACUGUUAGACUCACAUCUUCAUAUAUUAUGGAUGGGUCUAUUCUAUUUUGAAUUUGAAGUCUUUUAAGAGGCUUUAGGAAUCUGCAGCACAGCUCCUAGUUACUGUGAAGUGUGAGAAGUCAAACUACAGCUUGUGGACCAUCGUCUUUUUAUAAACCCCUGUCCUCCCCCUCUCCUGCCCCCCCGUCUCCCCCUCUCCUGCCCCCCUGUCUCCCCCUCUCCU